AUGGCGGAUGUCCACGCCGAUGAAGCUCCCGAGCAUCGCUACCCUCCAAUAACGCCCGACUCGCGCCAUCGUCAAAGUCACGAUGCUACUGGCGAGCCUAAUAGCACCGGCAGUCGUCACGACGGGGCCAGCGGCAGCAGCCACUUGGCUCCCUCUGACCUUACGCGCGAGCGUCUACUGCUGUACCAGUCGAGGCUCGCCGCGGAGCAGGCAGACGGGCGAGCGCGACACGACACAACGAGGAAGAAGCGCAGAGACCGGCCAAACGGCUCGUUUCUGCUCCAUGACAGAGGCGUCAAGCGCAGCCAAAGCUCCCGUCUACCAAAGCCUACCAUCGCCGCUACCCAUACUCGUGCUACGACCGAUUCGCUCUCCAACACUCCCGAAUCCGCGCGAUCGAUUGCCCUGCGAGAUAAGGCUUUGCGAGUAGUCUCUGAUCCCUUUGCCAGGACACUUCUCACGCCGUCCCCCGAGGUAGCCAACAACCCGAGCACCGGUUCGCUCAACGAAUCUUCCCCUGCGUCCUCUCAGAACAGCCAUGCUCUGGCUACUGUGGACGCCGACUCUACACAGAUUGUGAACAUGGCCUUGAGCCUUAGCGAAUCACGCCGUCUUGUCUCUCGUCGAAACGUGUCCCGUGGCACGCCCCCCAAACUCAUGCCUUUGCCGGAUUCGGCUACAUCCAACGACCUUCGCCAACAGCUCAAACAGCAACGUCAAUUCUCUCGAAACAUCUCUCCUCGCCCUGAACAAGUUACGAUACCGAGGCAAAGCACAGGCUUGUCAGUGUCAAGUCCACUGCACCACAACUUUCACGCUGGACAAGGCGACAUGCACGGCUACCACUUCUCCGCCUCAACCUUGGCCCGCGCUCAAAAGGCAAAAGAUCACCUAGAGCUCAUGGCCCACUACAGAAGGCUUCUCGAUGUGCUGCCGCCGUUGAAGCCGGCGCAUUUACGAACUGUCACGACGAGCCCACCUGCCUCUCCAGUAGGCGGUGCAAAAGUCUUUACAUGGAGUUCGACCACGAGUCCUGUGCAGCUGGGGCGCAAGUACAACCCGCUGCAGUAUAUUCGAAAUAGAAAAGUGAGAGCGCGAGAGAGAAAGGUUAUUGAUGCCGAACGACAAGGAUUCGGGGAUGUCGACAGUGUCAAGUGUUGGGUUGAGAAAUGUGAGAAAAACGUUGCUUUGCAACUACCAGAGGAUGAUUCAGAGUGCAUGGUGCCUUUUCCCGGUGUCGAGGAAUCAGUUGCACAGUCUGCGCUUGAUCCUGCGACCAAGGCGGCUCGAGCCCGUCGACCUCGCGUGGACUGGUUCGUUGAACCGUGCGACAUGCUUGCCGAUGCCUAUUGGAUUGAACAGGGUCAGAAUAAGAAACUCAUCGAGGAUCGCCACUGGCGCAGAAUAUUUCCUUCAGACUCUGACCUUUCACGCCCCAUGUCACGAGAAAAUGAAGAACCGAGGCAUGGCGUUAUGCCCUUUUCCCCGGAUACCGGUAACCGUUUCCCGAGCCUUCCAGAUAUCAAUCACACCCACAGGACUCACGAGUGGGAACAUGGCCGUCAGCGUACCAUUGAGCGCGCAAGAGAGAAGCUUCACAACAUAAAGGACUCAAAUCACUGGCGUGUCACUGAUCAUCUUCACGGUGGACCUCGCUCCAAAAAGGACUCUGCCUCUGAGUACUCGGAAAGCGACAACGAGGCACGCAAUCGAACAAUACGCGGUACACGGAAGCGGGUAGAGAGCAAUGAUGUGCAGCCAGGUGAUAUACUGCACAAGCAAAUGUUGGAUAUGAUUGCCACGGAAAACAGAGACAAGGACGUUCUGGAAUUUGCAGGGGUUGAGCAUUUUGUGCCACCCAGCAUGACGAGCCCGGAUCGAAACGUACUCUCGAAACCAGGCAGCCGUUUGCACAGUCGUAGGGGAUCUUUAAUGGACAUUAGCGACCAUGAACCAAGGGGCGCAUUGCAAAACAUACACGAGAAUCCUGCCUCUCGCUCCCGCGUUGAAGAUCAGGGAGUCGACGCGCCUCAUCUCCGAGUGUCCAGGUCGAUAGACAAUGACUCCUCGCUGCCUACAUCGCCAGAGCUGCGACCGUCAAGGAAGCCGACUCUUGAGUCUGUGUCACUAGAGCCGCCGACUCCUUGGAGCCGCUCAGGAUCUCCCUCAAAGAAACAGAUAGCAAAGAUUCACACGUCUCCUGAAGUAAAUUCUGGUACAGACGGGGAUGUAGCUGCAGGCAGCAGAGCUGACACGAUACAACGAGAGAUGGCUGGCUCGGCGCCUCUUAACGUGGAGCCAUCUCUAACGAGGAAUGCAUCAGCUCCAUUGGCUGGGGCCACCAUUAAAAGCCAUCGCCGGAUGGGAAGUCUCCUGCAGCGCGCUGAUGAUCCCAACCCUGGUCUCCGUGGCAUUUUCAAAGGUCCACGCAUUGAUACAGUUCUGCGAGACGGCGUGUCUCGCAUUGGUGAUAUUCUACGCAAGAAGGAUGGCACUGGAGAAGCGCAAGAAAUAGACUCCACGGAUGAAUCUGACAGUGAGCGCAACAGAGGAAGGAGACGCGCCUCAAUUUCUCCGUCUCGCCAUCUCUUCAAGAAUGAAAAGCACAAAAGACAGGACUCGAGGCACUUUCUCGAUGUCAUGCCACAGUUCCAACACGCUCCGGGUGCUUCCAGCGAGACUGACAAUCAUAAAUCUGUGUCAUCGGCUGGCCAUAGGACCCAAAGCAACUUUUCCUCGCGUGUUGAGUUGCUAAAACCACCUCAGACUGGAACUCGAAGUCCAUCCAUGUCAACCUCUCCACCACCCGAAGCAGCCGGUCGUCUGGGCGAACCUGACGCUUCUGAGCCCGAUUUGAGUAACGGCCGUGUUUCCACUGGUGUCCGCGAGACUGACCGCCGACUCAAUGCCAUCCUGAGUGAUUCGUCUGCACGCCGUGUCGACCGCAACGAACGAACCAAGAGCCGCCAGUGGUCCAUUGCGGACCAGGGCGGCAGGUCAGUCGAACAAAGCCAGCUAUCGAGACGCGAGAUGGCGCGCGUAAAGACGCUCAUCCUCAGCUCUGGCAUCAAGGCCAUGGAAAUCAGCAGACGCGCCAAGGUGACGCACAAGCCGUUUAGUAACGACGGCGCAAGAGACUGCGCGAAGCUGGCGAAUAUUGACUGGAACGCCAUCGCCAAGCUGUGCCCGGAAAGCAAGCAGCUACAGGAUCUCGACGUGUCGUUUGCCGAAGCGUAUUCACUCGCCGCGCACACGCUGACGAGCAACAUGCAGCUCUCUGGCCAGCGUUGGAAGCAAGCCGCCGACAAGCUGUCAUCGCACACGGGGCCGGAGCUGCACCGGCGCGUCGGAGCCGUUCGGUCGCGCGUGGCCGACGAUCUGGCGCCAAUGACGCGCGCGGCCGUCGAGGAGGCGGACGAGGCGAGCCGCAACUUGGCGCUGGAUCAGCCGCUGCGCAUCAAGCACGUCGUCGACACGAUGGAGAAGAUGCUCCGCAAGAGGCGGCGCCGGCUUCGCUGGCUGCGUCGCGGCCUAUGGCUCAGUGUUGAGUGGCUUCUCGUCGGCUUCAUGUGGUACGUCUGGUUCGUGGUCAUGAUUUUCCGCGUGUUUCUCGGCAUUGGCCGGGCAAUCUGGAACGCUGUCAAAUGGGUGCUGUGGCUUGCCUAG